CCCUGACCCCGUCGCUUACGAUCGGGCUUAUCUUACAGUCGUUUCCGCGUUGGACAUAAUGAUUGAUAACGUCUAGAGCCCGAGCACAAGUGCCAAGCUCUUGCGACAAAGAGGCCACCAUGGAGGGACUCUUUACUCUGCUCGCCCUGUGCAUUGUGAUGGCCGUAACAUCCUUUGUUGUCGGUUCAUUACCUCUUGCUUUUACCCUCUCCCCCUCACAACUCCGCCUCAUAUCCUCGAUUGGCAUGGGUGUGUUGGUGGGAACUUCAUUGAUUGUUAUUAUACCUGAGGGCGUCGAGACUCUUUACGCCAGCUCUGCGAGCCAGAAAGGCCUCAGCACGCGGUCGGCCAAUGUUGAUUGGCAAUCACAGGGACUCCCUGUCAUGGUGCGAUCUUCAUCAGACCGUCACGACGAUGCUUUAUUACCGACGGACACCCCCCUUCCAUUUCUAUCGCUAGACCACGAAUCGUCCGUACCCCUUUCCGAUCGCGACCAGUCGUCGAGUAUAGUAGCAGGACUACCUGCACGAAAGGACGACGACCACUCGAGCAAAGAGGAAGCGGAAGAGAACUCCCCGCAUGCCUGGAUCGGAGUUGCUUUGGUCAGCGGGUUCAUUCUGAUGUACCUGAUCGAUAAAGUACCAGAAUUUGCUUCGCCGACCAAAAUCGAACGGAUCCCAUACCACAUCUCCCUUGAUAACCUUGGAUCUGGAUUGCGACGGGGCUCCUCACCCAUGCGCGACGGAGGACAUCUGAAUGCCGGCCAUUCGAACUCCCGACGAGGACACAGCUUUGCUACGACUACGGGGUUGGUUAUUCAUGCUGCAGCCGACGGCAUCGCGCUGGGUGCGUCCAGCUCCGAUUCCGGGCUGAGCUUUAUUAUCUUCCUGGCUAUUAUGGUACACAAGGCUCCCGCCUCCUUUGGAUUGACCUCGAUUCUUUUGAAGCAGGGGCUAUCCAGCCGGGCUGCGAGGGCGCAUCUGUUGAUCUUCAGCUUGGCGGCGCCUGUUGGUGCACUUGCCACUUUCCUCUUUGUACAUAUGGUGGGAUCUUCUAGCAGCGACGAGACUGGCUCUCUGUGGCGGACCGGAAUGCUCUUGCUUUUCUCCGGAGGCACUUUCUUGUAUGUGGCGAUGCACACCAUGCAAGAGAAUGGGCCUGGCUCCACCCCCCGAGAAUCAUCUGUGAAUGGAUACGGUGAUUCUCGCGAAUCCCCGGAUGGAUCUGAUAAGUCGAUGAGGGACUUGAUCGCGUCCGUCGUGGGUAUGAUCUUGCCACUCUUCCUCCAGAUUGGUCAUGCUCAUUGAACUUUCUUCAUUU